CACAAUGUGUUCGUCUUUUUUGUUUUAAUUAUAAAAUAAUUCGUGUUCGAUGUAUUAAUUUAAUAUGAAGUCAUUCACACAAACGCUUAGGUCAUGGAUAUUUUGCUGCGUUAAUAAAGAGCUAACAAAAACGGAUCGCCAAAGAGCUACCGCAGAUGUCAACGAUAGAUAUUAUCCACGCUACCACUUGGCCCCGCCGUAUGGAUGGAUGAACGAUCCCAAUGGCUUCAGUGAGUACAGAAAUGAAUACCAUCUAUUUUAUCAAUUUAAUCCGAAUAGCAGUCUUGUACCUGGAAUAGCGCACUGGGGUCAUGCCAAAAGUAAGGACCUUUUCCGUUGGGAACAUUUACCUAUUGCAAUGUACCCAGAUCAAUGGUAUGAUAAAGGUGGCGUAUUUUCCGGAAGCGCUAUAGUUGAGAAUGAUAAACUGUAUCUAUAUUAUACCGGCAAUGUGAACAAUCCAGAUCAAUAUCCUGACCAUCAACAACACCAAGUACUUGCUAUAAGUACAAAUGGAAUAAAUGUUACAAAACAAGUGAUUAAUCCAAUAAUAAAUGGCACUGAAUAUCAACCAGAUUUUCGAGAUCCGAAGGUUUGGAAGUACGGAAAAACGUACUAUAUGGUGUUAGGAAACUCUUUUCAUGAUAAUGAGACCAAUAGUACUUUGGGGCGAGCACUUCUUUACACUUCUAAAGAUAAAACGCAAUGGAACUUCGCCUCAAUUUUGGAUGAAUCUGAUGGAUCUCUGGGAUACAUGUGGGAAUGUCCUGAUUUCUUUGAACUAGAUGGUCGUUUCGUUCUUUUAUUUUCUCCCCAAGGAAUACAGCCAUCUGGAUAUAAAUACAGGAACUUAUAUCAGACCGGUUAUAUUGUCGGAAAUUUUGAUUAUAAGACUAAUAUGUUUACUCCUAUAACGGAAUUUGUUGAAUUGGAUCAUGGCCACGAUUUCUAUGCUACACAAACUAUUUUAGACAAAGCAAAACGAAGGAUACUAAUUGCUUGGAUGGAUAUGUGGGACCAAAACUAUGUAGAAGCUGAGGACGGUUUUACUGGUCAAAUGACAUUGCCUAGAGUCCUAUCACUUGACAAAAAUAAUCGCCUAAUUCAAAGACCUGUAAAAGAAAUAGCGUCACUUAGAGGACGAACACGUUUCUCUGGAAGGGCACGAGCUGGUGCUGUUAUCAGGCUUAGAGAUAAAGCUGCAGAGAUUCAUAUCAAAUCAUCGCCAAACAAUGAUUUAGAUAUAUUGAUCGAAUCAUCGAAUGCAUCAAACAGUGUUUUAAUCAGUUACAACUACCAAAAAGGUCUAGUGACAUUAAAUCGCGGAGGCAAAGAUGGCGUUCGUCGUACUAAAUGGAGACCUGAAAGUGAUAAAUUACAUUUGAAAGCAUACAUAGAUGCUAGCUCGAUCGAAUUAUUCUUCGGUAAUGGUGAAGUUACAUUUUCUAGCAGAUUUUUCCCUACGGGAGCAGUAAAAGUGCGCAUAGGAGGUUCAAAUGAUGUCGAGUCAAUAACUGUCUUUGACUUGCAACGUACAAUAGAUGCCAGUUAUGAAAUAGAAUCCGAAGAUUAAUCAAUCCCAGUGUCAUUAGAUCUUAUCUAAAUUAUUUAUUAAAGUAUAUUAUUCAAAGCAA